GAAUGAACUACAGGGGACCAUGAUGAUGAUGAUUCAUCGCCGUUGACAGAGGAGCCAGGGAAGGUCUGAGGGAAGAUGGCGGCGACGGUGAACGUGUUCGUGUACGGUAGCCUUCUGGUGGACGAUGUUGUCAGGGCCCUCCUGAAUCGCGUCCCUCCUUCCAGCCCUGCCCUCCUCCCUGACUUUCACAGGUUUAGCAUCAAGGGUCGGGUUUAUCCUGCUAUUCUCCCCCUCCCCAAACACACCGUCUCGGGCAAGGUAUUGAUGGGAAUCACUGUUCCUGAACUGGAUAUGUUAGAUACAUUUGAGGAUGUGGAGUACACGAGGACCACUGUGCAGGUCACUUUGUUGGAUAGUUCUGACAAAUUGGAAGCUGAAGCUUAUGUUUGGAGCGACAAACAUGAUCCAAACUUGUAUGGAGACUGGGACUUUGAGGAAUGGAAACAAAAACACAUGGAUGACUUUCUUAAGAUGACUGUUGGUUUCGUGGGGGAAUUAGAGCGGCCUGAAUCCAAGCCUAGGGUGGCGACCUAUGAAUCUUUCUAUAGCCAGGAUGGUGAUAAUCCCCCCGCACCUUGAUUUCUUCACCAAUAUGUAUAUUCUGAAUAAUUUUCACAAACUGCUGGUAUCAUGAUCCUGCAUCAUUUAUCUCUGUGAGCAGCUACCUAAAUUAAGCUGCCAGGACAUGUUAAUGCCAUUGUGCAGAUGCUAUCUAUUCUUGGAUGUAGCAGAUUUUUUGCAAGGCUAUUUCUUGUUCUUCAUGUUCUGAUUCAAGAUAUAUUUUCUUGCAAGUAGAGUGAGCUUUUAUUUUA